AAACAUGAUGGAAAGUUCCAGGUUACCCAGCUGGUGGGGAUGAUCAGGGGUGUGGCCUCAGGCAUGAGGUACCUGUCAGAGAUGAACUAUGUACACAGGGACCUGGCAGCCAGAAACGUGCUGAUAAACUCCCAGCUGGUGUGUAAGGUGUCUGACUUUGGGCUGUCCAGAGUGCUGGGAGACGACCCGGAUGCAGCCUACACUACAAACGGAGGAAAGAUCCCCAUCAGAUGGACGUCCCCAGAAGCCAUCGCUUUCAGGAAGUUCACAUCAGCCAGCGACGUGUGGAGCUAUGGGGUCCUGGUGUGGGAGGUGAUGUCAUACGGGGAGCGGCCAUAUUGGAACUGGUCCAACCAAGAUGUGAUUAAGUCAGUGGAAGCUGGGUACAGACUACCCCCUCCUAUGGACUGUCCCCAGGCCAUCUACCAGCUGAUGACAGACUGCUGGGAGCGCGAGAGGAAUGCGCGGCCCAAGUUCACGCUGAUUGUGGAGAGGGUGGACAGGAUGAUCAGGAACCCGGCCGUGCUCAAGGUGCUGGCUCAGCCCAGACCGAUGCAGCCAUCGUUCCAGCCCGUGUUACCCACCGUGCCCCAGUGGCUGGACAGUAUGAAGAUGGGGAGAUACCGGGACAACUUCACCAACGGGGGGUACUCCUCCAUGGACCUGGUCAUGAAGAUGAACAUCAGGGAUCUACAAG